GCUGGAUGACGAGUGAGCUGCGAGCAUGUGCAGCAGGCGCCACCACCUCCUUCCCUUCUCUUAUCAAGUUUCCAAAUCGGUGAAAGCGCCUAGGACGACCGGCGCGGCAAAGGUGUUAGCACACAUUUGUAGAAGAGAAACGCCAUUGGAUCAAGGCAAGGGGAGGUGGUAGUGGGAUGCAUCAAAUGCCAUUCCUACUUCUCUGCCUACCUACCAGUGUACGCCACACACCACACCAAUCGGAUCAUUCGUCCCGUUCGAGGGCUCUCUCACGGCGGCGCCGCGCGCAUGGCUCUAGGCAGCAGGCUGGAGCUCCUCGUCGUCCUCUCAAGAUGCGGCAGCUUGAUACUCGCUGGCACGGCGGCGGCGGCCAUCCCCGGCGUGGCCAGCCUACCGUUCCGGGCCAAGCAGUUCAUGUGGCACACUCUGUCCUUCGGAGGCAUCCUGUGGGGUGCGGCGCUGCUGCUAUUCCAGUUCUUCUGGCUGUGUUUCGACGACUUCGAGCCGGGAAGUGUCGCGCUCCUGGUGCUGAUCGCCGUCGACUGGGGCGUCGCGUGCCUCAACGCCGGCUCGGCGUGCGCCGCCCUUGCCGCCAACCACUAGGCCAUCCAGCACCAGUACAAGGCCUGUGACCCGGGGUUCCCCGUCUGCGAGCGGUGCCUUACUGUCGCCGCCAUGGUGUGUACUGCCGGGGCUCUCGCCGCGGUGUCGGCCCUCGGCAUGCUCCGGAUCCACAGGUCCCGCUUUGCCCCGGCUCAGGCGCCCUAGUCCCCUGCCUCAUGUUCUUGUCAACGCUUAGAUUAGAGCCACCCAUGGAAGUUCUGGCGUUAGGGUUAGACAUUUAAUUAGCAGACGUUUGUUCUUUUGAAUUUGACGUGGUUGACUUCUGUUGCCUGUAAGAAUGCGUUAUGGAGAUCAAAUCAAUCUGGGUGUCGAACACAUGCGGCACUCACUCUUAAA